CGCUCGGCCAGAUAGGGACUGGGGUGCCCAGCAGGUGGUGACCCAGCUGAGGGGCGCGGCUCCAUCCCAGACGCACUCACCGUAGGGUGGCUGCCGUGGGGGUCCCACACGCGGGCCUCCAGUCUCGAGCUGGGGGGUCGAGGCCCAGGAGAGCCCACGGCUCUCGGGUUAGCGAGCGGGGUGCACAGGGCUGCGUCAGGAGGGAAUGGCAGACCUGUAUGAGCAUUAGACUCUGUCGGGGCGGUAGAUCAGACGUGGGUAACUAGGAGGAGAGGGGCCAGAAUGCAAAAACGGCGUGGGAGAAGGUGUUGCUUUGUUGAGGUCUAGGGCUUUGUUUGCUCUGGGGUCUGCCUCUAUCACACUCGGGUGAAAAGAACUACUACAUAUCGAGGCCGGGGGAAUGGGAUGCCUCAAUUAGUUGAUGGGUGGCAUCCCUGCCAUCUGGUAUCGCCAAACUGCUUAGGCACCAGCAGGAAUAACCCCGCUGUAUCAGAGCCCAGCCCAGCCAUUCUCCUUUCCUUUGAAAUAGAAUAGUAUUACUCCUUAGUUUCCAUCACCCCCAAGUUGUUGUCGUCAUUGUCUUCUUUUUAUAAAAACCUUCUUUCUGGUGUCAGUAUUUUCUUCUACUCUUUUCGCUCUAACCGCCCCACGGUCUUCCUAAAUGAGACUUUUGUAUAGUAAUGGUAUAUUUGUUUACUUUUGACAUGGGGAAAGGGGAGUUUAGACUUAAAAUUAAAAAACAGUUAUUUCAAGCUCAUUUAAAAACACUUUUAAAAGAAUAUUUGAAUUUUUGUUCUAGGUUCAUAACAAGCCUAGUCUUUGUUCAUCAAAGCCUUCAUUAUCUUCUCUUUAGGACUGUAAAAGCUUUCUUCAUAACUGAAAGAACUUUGACAAGACUGUCCUACUAUGGGAGGGGUGGCUUUGGGGGGAAAAUGUGAAGGUAUAUGUGGGUAGUUAAGGUGGCUGUCUCCAAACAAUAUUCUCUAACUGAAAAUGUAUUCCCCUUUGUGUUAGUUUUUAAAAAUCUUCUUAAUUUGGACACAGGUUACUAUGAAUACUUAAAAGUUCUUUAAUUGGUUUCAUGUCUUAAAAUUAAAAAAAGAUAAACAGGAUGGAAACAAACAUUCUCAUUAUUGUUUCAGAAUUCCAGUUGGAAAUGUCUGGGGCAGAAGAAAAUAAAGAUAGCAGGAAUAUAGUCUAUUGUGCAGACUUAUAGUGUAUUGGUUUACAAGAACAAAAUAGUAAUUUUCUUUUAUGUAAAUAUUUGGACUAAUCCUUUGCACCCCAUCUAUCGAGAGUGCAGAAGGGGUGGGUGAGUGUUUAGAAGCAUGAAUCAUCUUGGCUUGUGACUAGAUUCCAUGUGUAUAUCUGGAGCCUAAACCCCUAGGCCAUCUAUUCUCCUUUAAGAGAUUAUUUGGAUAACUGAAGCAAAUACUCAUUUGCAUCCCUUAUUAAAAUGUUGGGCUUUUCAUUUUUCAUCAGUGCUGGCUGUGCUUUAUUAAACUAGAUUUGUCUCAAUGACUGUGGUUACUGGUGAAAUUUCUUUUGGGGUCAGUGACUGUGCAGCUAUUAAUUAGCAUAGCUAAUUACAGAAGUCAAAUUAAAAUCCUGACAGUGUCCCAGAUAGUGACAAAAUGAAUUAUUUGGGAACAUGUAGCAGUUUCAUGUAUUCAAUUGUGCCCUGAGACCCAUGGAUUCUACAUGUGUUCCCUUUAAUUAGCACUUCUGAUUGUGGUCUUAGACAUAGACGUCAUUUUGACAAGCAUCUGUUGAGGGGAAUUUACUAUAUUUCUCUACAUCAAAAAGGAAUGGAAAUUUUUAGUAGAUACUGUUGGAAACCAUAGGAGAGAAUAGUAGCAGGGUUAGGUUGAGAGGUAGUGUUCCAGUUACUAUUGCUGCAUAACAAAUUACUCCCAAACUGAGUAGCUUGAAACAACCAUAUGAUGCUCAUGGAUUCUGUGGGUCAGGAAUUUUUAUUUCACACCAUGGGGAUGGCCACUCUCUGCCACUCCAUGGCCACUCCAUGAUAUCUCAGAUGGAAUGCGUGCUCAGUGGCUGGGAGCUAGAAUCAUCUGAAAGCUCAUCCACUGGUGCUUGAUGCCUGGGAUUGGAUGAUUCAGAGAGGAGGACAGCCAACAGAGCACAAACAUAUGGCCUCUCUUAUGUGGCUUAGCUUCUUCACAGCAUGUUAGCUUCAGGGUAGUUGGUUUUCUUAUGUUGUGGCUCAGAUUUCCAAGUGUGAGCAUACCAGUGAGUAAGAUGGAAGUUGCAUCACCUUUUAUGAUCUAACCUCAGAACACACCAUCAUUUCUAUUGUGUUCUAUUGGUCGAAACAGUCACAAGCUUGCUCAGUUUCAAGGGCGAGGGGAGUUAGACUUCACUUUUUAAUGGGUCAAUGCAAGAUCAAAUUAUAGAUGAAACAGUUUUCAUCCCUUUCUUCUGUAAGCUGUCACCAUGACCCUGACAAAAGGUUCCUUCACCUACUCCAGUGGGGAGGAAUACCGUGGCGAGUGGAAGGAGGGUCGCAGACAUGGUUUUGGUCAACUGAUGUUUGCAGAUGGUGGCACCUAUCUGGGUCAUUUUGAGAAUGGACUCUUUAAUGGCUUUGGGGUACUGACCUUCUCAGAUGGCUCAAGGUACGAGGGGGAGUUUGCCCAGGGCAAGUUUAAUGGCGUCGGAGUCUUCAUUCGACAUGACAACAUGACCUUUGAGGGGGAAUUUAAAAAUGGCAGAGUAGAUGGUUUUGGCCUGCUGACUUUCCCUGACGGCUCUCAUGGAAUCCCUCGCAAUGAAGGUCUUUUUGAGAACAACAAGCUGCUGCGGCGUGAGAAGUGCUCUGUGGUUGUCCAGCGGGCCCAGAGUGCCUCCAAGUCAGCCAGAAAUCUCACUGCCUGAUGGGGCACUGGGCCCCAGCUGACAAGUAUUGGGUAAAGCCAAUGCUCCUGUCGUUCACUCAAGG